AUGGGUCGGCGUAAAUCUAAAAGAAAGCCCCCACCGAAACGUAAAGCAAUUGAGCCUUUAGAUCAGCAAUUUAAUUGUCCAUUCUGUAAUCAUGAAAAAUCCUGUGAAGUAAAAAUGGACCGGGCUCGAAAUACAGCUAGAAUACAAUGUCGGGUGUGUUUAGAAGACUUUCAGACAACAACAAAUGUAUUAUCUGAACCAAUUGAUGUCUAUAAUGAUUGGGUAGAUGCAUGUGAAAGUGCUAAUUAA